AUGUACUUGAUGGUGACUUCGAGGCCAAACCUGUCGGCAGCUGUGAGCUACUUUGCGGGAUUCCAGUAUUAUGCUACCAAUGAUCACUGGGUCCACCUGAAACUAGUCCUGAGAUUCCUUAGAGGGACAGUCGAUAGUAAGCUCGUGUUCCGGCGUACUGAGGCGUACGAUGAUGCGGAUUGGGGAAACGAAUCCAACGGCAGAAGAUCAGUUCCCGGAUUUGUCGUGGAGUUGUAUGGUUCAACCGUAAUGUGGGCGACCAAGGAACAGGGAGCAGUUGCCAUGUCGAGUACCGAAGCGGAGCUGAUGGCGCUAUGUCUUACUAGCUGUGAGUUCGUGUGGGCGACCUAG